CAAGCCGACUCUGCUGGCCAAGAAAGUCGGCCGUCAACCUUGGCCUUUCUUCCCCACAUCAGCUGGCUUUCAACAAUUCAGCGACUUUGACCACGGGCGAUCCGCCUCACAGGCUAGGCUCUUGCGACUGCGAAAGCCAGCGAGAAAAGAUAGUCCGCGAGUGCUUUUCCACCUCAACUGCGGCGACAGCAAUUGUUCGUUUGUUGUGGCAGUUCGUUGCCAAGAGGUGGCGUCGUCCCCGGCGACCGUGGACCAGCCUUUCCAUUCGCCACCUGGAAACGCUUCUCUCCCCGGCGUCAUCGACGGGAAAGUAUUGUCAACAACCCCAACAAGAAGUCAGCGCCCGUCGCAGCACGAGCCACGGCACAUAUCAACCCCGAUGGCAUCACCACCAAAACCGUGGGAGCGGCAGGGUGCAGGGCCUGGCGCCUCUGCACCCGCAAUAUCGGCAGCAGCCGCGAACACAACGACUGCGCCCGCGACAACGGCGGCGGGGGCAGCGACAACAACGACAUCGUCUCACACAACCCCCGCGAUACCCGCGCGACCAGCCUCCCUGACCGCCUCGGUCAAUCAGAACGCGGCGGCUUACAGCAGACCCUACGGGGCCACGCCAUACGGGGGCAUGGGUGGCUACGGCACAGCCUACUCGUCGCCCUACAGUUCGCCCUACUCCCGACUCGGCGGCUAUGGAGGGUACGGCGGCGGCAUGUACGGCAGCUACGGCGGCUACGGCGGCAUGUACGGCGGCGGCAUGUACGGGGGAAUGCCCGGCGCGAUGCCGGGUCCCGCCGACCCGAACAACCCGGAGAGCCUCACCCAGCGCUUCGGCAUGAGCACCCAAGCGACCUUCCAGAUGCUCGAGGGCAUAGUUGGCGCCUUUGGCGGGCUCGCGCAGAUGUUGGAGAGCACUUACAUGGCGACGCACUCAAGCUUCUUUGCAAUGGUCUCGGUCGCUGAGCAGUUCGGCAACCUCCGCGACACCCUCGGCUCCGUUCUUGGCAUCUUCACCCUGAUGCGCUGGAUUCGCACCCUGAUCGCCAAGCUAACAGGACGACCGCCCCCCGUGGACGCCACGGCCCUGACGCCCGCCGCCUUCGCUCGGUUCGAAGGGCGCCGGAGCCCAGUGCCGGAAGGCGGCCCGCCGAAGCCCAGCCGCAAGCCCCUCCUCUUCUUCCUCCUCGCCGCCUUCGGCCUGCCCUACGUGAUGAGCAAGCUGAUCCGCUCGAUGGCCGCCAACGUGGAGGAGGAAGAGCGGCGGCGCCAGCUCGUCGCGGCGCAGCAGAUGCUGGACCCGUCCAAGCUCGAGUUCUGCCGCGUGCUCUACGACUUCUCGCCCGCUGCGCAGGGGCAGGCCGCCGUGCAGGGCGUCGAUCUCGAGGUGCACAAGGGCGACCUGGUGGCCGUGCUGAGCAAGUGCGACCCGCUGGGCAACCCGAGCGAGUGGUGGAAGUGCCGCGCCCGCGACGGCGGCAUCGGCUACCUGCCCUCGACCUUCCUCGAGGUGCUGCGCAAGCCCGGCCAGCCAAUCGCCGCCAUCAAGGGCAUGCCUGAGAGCGAGAGCAGCAGGGCCAAUACGAUGACCAGCAGCACCGCCAGCCCGCCCAGCCCGCUGCCCCAAGCCGCUAAUAAUAACCCCCCUGCUAUGCCGUCCACCAAAGUCGGAGACGUCACGGUCGAGAGCUUCCAGAAAUCGCAGUUCUACUCGUGAAAGGACCGACUAAUCGGCUCAUAAGACGGCCGUGCUUGAUGACGAUAUCGUGGCACACCACCACCCCUGCUUUCUCAAAACUGCUUUUAAUUCACCCUGCUAUAACUUGCGCAUGAAGACCCGAAAGGGGGAGGAUGGAUGGAUGGAUCUGGAACGAUCUGGACGGGAUGGAUGGAUGGGAUGAGGGGAAAAGAAAGAACCUGGCGUUUUACGGAGUUUGGAGCGCACAUUGCACAUAACAUAAGUGCUUUGAGGGGGAGACAUUUGCUCAAAUACUCAGAAAAGAGGACCUGCUGCGGAUGAAGGGUGUCCAGGUAAUUUCGCAGGCGGGGUUCAUCACCCUUCUUUCCUACUUUUUGCAUCACCGUAUUAUAUCAUGUAUAGCGAUAGCGAUAUUGAUAUGCAGCGGCUUCCUGAAGCCUGAAAUGAAAGUAGUA